AUGUCCUUUGAAGACACCAAGAAGGGCGAGAAAGCUCCAGUAAGUGGCUCUAAUUCGUUGCCAAAGCCUCCUACAUCAAACGUGUUUGCCAUGUUUGGAGGUGACAAGAAGGCCCCUGAGGCAAAGAAAAGUGAAUCGGCAGAGGAUGAGGCUGCAGAUGAAAAGGAGAAGAAGGAACAAAGGGAAAGAAAAGAAAAAGAUGAAAAAUCGACCGAAGGAGAAGAUGAUGGUAUUCAUUUCGAGCCAUUGGUCCAUUUAGAUAAGGUUGACGUGAAGAACAAUGAGGAAGACGAGGAUGUCACAUUCAAAAUGAGAGCCAAGAUGUUCCGUUUUGCUCCAGAUGCCAAAGAAUGGAAGGAGAGAGGUACAGGAGAGGUUAGAUUCUUGAAGCACAAGAAAACUGGUAAAGUUAGACUGAUUAUGAGAAGAGACAAGACUUUGAAAGUGUGUGCCAACCACUAUUUGGCUCCUGAGUACGUUUUGAAGCCUAAUGUGGGAUCUGAGAGAUCUUGGGUCUACACAGUUACCGGAGAUGUCUCUGAUGGUUCCCCUGCCGUCCAAACUUUUGCCAUCAGAUUCGGUUCAAAGGAGAAUGCCGAGAAGUUCAAGAAGGAGUUCGAAGAGUCUCAGAAAGAGAAUGAGUCUACCCACGAGAAAGAAUGA